AUGCCUCGAGAGAAGCUGCCACUGGAGUCACUUCCGGCCUGGAUGAGCCUCAAUAAUGCAACAUUUUCUCACGUUGAGGUGAAGACCAUCCCGGACAAGGGCCAUGGGCUGGUCGCCCAAGCAAAAUCAGCUGAAAUUGGACUGUCUCCUCUCAUCACAGUCCCUCGUGACCUGCUCUUGAAUGCAGGAGCUGUGGAAGAGUAUGCCAAAGCAGACAGGAACUUUAGGGCACUCUUGGAUGCUUGCGGGCACAAGGCAGCCCUCUCUUCCCAGGCUCAUGAGCUGGGAGGCCUCUCAACUCCAUGGACAGAGUAUAUCAAAAUCCUAGAUGACCAUGUGCCGGUGCCGAUUCUGUGGAUCGAGGAAGAACGCGCGCUCCUCCGAGGAACAUCCCUUGAACCCGCCCUAAACGCAAAGAUGCUGGCACUCGCGCGCGAGUUCGACGAAAUUCGCGAGAAGUCAUCCGACAUCGAACGUUGGAGGAACGCUUUCUGGGAUAACAACAAUCCUAUCCAACUGGUGGACUGGUAUCGCCUUGACGCUUGGUAUCGAUCUAGGGUGCUCGAGCUGCCCAGGUCCGGACCAUCUAUGGUCCCAUGUAUUGAUAUGGCAAAUCAUUCAACUGAAGCAAACGCAUACUACGAGGAGACACCCCAAGAUGAGGUCGUUCUGCUGCUCCGGCCUGGUAGCCAGGUCGACAGUAAGGAUGAAAUCACCAUCAGCUAUGGCUCAGACAAGCCAGCCGCGGAGAUGCUGUUUUCUUAUGGCUUCUUAGAUGCUUCAUCCGGAGCUUGCUGUCUCACCUUGCCCCUAGACACCCUCCCAGACGAUCCGCUCGGCAGGGCGAAAGCUCACAUCUUUACGGGCACUCCCUCCAUUCAGGUCAAGGAAGUCGAUGGGGAGAUGGAGUAUACGAGCCCUUUCGCCUUUUUAGUGUGCCUGAAUGAAGAGGACGGCUUGGAAUUCAAGAUCCUGCAGUCGUCCGAUGGUGGCAGAGAGCUCAGGAUGUUCUGGCAAGACAGUGAUGUUACUGAACAGGCCGCAUCGUUUGAGACGCUCAUUGCAGACCAUCCAUUGCGAGACGUGUUCAGACUACGAGUGAACAUGGUAAUCUCCCAGCGACUUGAGGAGCAGUUGCAACAGCUGUACGAGAGCGAAGAAGCUGGUGUGGUCGAUGAGGUCAGCAGCUUCAACGCCAUCAACGCGCGCAUGUUGAAGCGCAUAGAGAAGGGCGCCCUCGAGAGAACAUCAGCGGCACUGGAAGAUCAGCGGAACAAACUUCUGGCAGAAGAGAGCGUCACAACCUAUCUCGCGUCGAUGCAGGCUGGCGCUGAGUCUAAUGAUACCCAAGAGGAGGACCCUUCCGAAAAUGACUUCAGCUGA